GUUUUUUUAGGUGGAAAGUUGGAAACCCAGAAAAUGAAGUGCAUCAUACAAUUAAUAAAAAAUCUUAAUUUGAGGUUAAUCUGUUCAUCCGGCAGCUGCUCUGCUUGAUAUUUUCCUUAAAUUAUAAGUAAACAAUCAUUUCAACAAGACACAAAAUGGAUAUCAACAUAUCUUUUCUAACAGGCUUGGGCUGCGGAAUUUGUUUAGGAAUAUCCCUCUUUGCUAUUAGAAAUUACUUUGGUUCAGCCACAAAAGCAGCAAAAGCAAUCAAAAAGUUCGCUUCAAAUUCAGAGUACAAAUUAGUAUUGGUUGUUCGAACUGACUUGAAUAUGAGCAAAGGAAAAAUUGCGGCUCAGUGUGGUCAUGCAGCUGUCGGAGCAUUCGAAAAGGCACAGACACGAGACCCUGAAGGACUCAACUGCUGGCAACUGACAGGUCAAGCUAAGAUUGCCCUUAAAAUAGACUCCGUUGAAGAAAUAAAACAAAUAGCCGAUAAUGCGAAACAGAUGGGACUCAUAACUUCUUUGAUAAGGGAUGCGGGUAGAACUCAGAUAGCACCGAACUCAAUAACAGUGUUAGGUGUGGGUCCAGCUCCUAAAGAUGUGAUUGAUAAAGUAACGGGACAUUUGAAGUUAUUGUGAGAUUUUGGACUUAGAAGUUACUGGUUGGAAUCUAGUGAUGACUAUGCCCUGUAGAAUAAGAUGGGAGGAAACAUUAUGCAAUGUUCUAAGAUGAAGUAAUAAAGCAAUUUGUUACAUAUUU